AUGUGCGAGGCGGUGCGUUUGGCUCGCCAGAAUGCUCUGGCACUCUUCGUCUCCGCUCACACCUUCUCCUCUUUUACAGCCUGUGAAUAUAUAUCAUGACUGAACACCUGCCAGAACUAGUGGACGAGCUCACCAAGAGUGGCCUUGAUGCGCUGGACCCAGAGAAACUCAGCGUCUUGAAGCGCACAUGCAAGAGCUCGCCAAACACAAUACCUCUCGUGUUCGAGUUGCUAAUGAAGGCUCUUGGCAAACAACACGCGCAGAUACGCAUCUCCAGCACCCAGGCGAUAAGCGUGCUGUUUGAGCGGUCACACCAGUUCCGCCUGCUUCUGAUUGCCGCGCUGCCCCACUUCCUGUCUCUCACGCUGGGGCUCUACCAGCAUACAUUGCCGGCGCCCCAGGCAUACGCACGGAAGCUGAAGCGUCUUGCGGCCGAGUGCAUGCUCGGAUGGGUGCGGCGGUUCGGCAGUGCAUAUCGGAGACUGGGGCUGGCAUUCCGGUACCUGAAGUACUCGGUGAAGAUCGACUUUUCACAGGCGUCGGCCAGUCGCCAAGGAGAGCGGGCCGUGGAGAGAGCGCAGGAGGGGCGGGAGAGAAAUAGAGAGCGCUACAUGCAGUGGUCGUGGGACUCGGUGCUGGCAGACGUGCAGAUGCAUCGGCAGGACAUCGAUGAGUCGCUGACAGUGCUGGACAGCUGCUUUGCGAUCCUGGUGCCUGGAGUUGCCGGGAUUGACGAUGGAGUGGACUCGGCCAACGCUGAGAAAGACAAUGACGAGUUUGAAGCCAUGCUUGAUGCAGAGCCGCAAGCAAGCGGCAAGAGCGAUGACGAUAGCGAGUCCGACCUGGACCAGAUCCUGGCGGUCAUGUCGCGAAACCGACACGGCAUCUCUGUGGACCUCAACCCCGACCGACUUGUUGAUGCCGAAGAAUCACCAGACAACUCGGUUGUCUACAGCACAAUCCGUGAGCAUCUCAAGCCGACAAUGAAGGUCUUUAAGCCGCAGAUCGACGCGUGGCUGGACAAACUGUCGCGGAUUGAUCCGGCGCUAGAUCCCGAGAUACAUCCGCUCAUCGAGUCUGUGCGUGGUUUGCAGAGGCGCAUUGAGGCGCUGGAGCCAAAGUGCCGAGACUUGCACAUCGACACGUCAUUCCUGAACAGCAGCGGGGAGUCGGAGUCGGAGGACGAAUUCGAGGAUGCAACGGAUAUUGUGAAGCGCUACCAGCGCAGCAAAGGCGCAAGGCCAGGCGGAAUAGCCAAGCAGGGGCCGAAAGAGAACCCGAUAUUCGCACUCCAGCACGAGCCCGAGCUCGAGAACGACCCCACAUUUGUAAGACCGCGUCAAACAGCACAACGGCCGCGACAGAGUACCGCGAACACGGAAAAGUCCGAGAUUGAAAAGCAGCUGCUGAAGACAGCACCUGUGGUGGAGUUUGGGCAGGAUUUGAUGUACUGGGACAAGAACACGGUCGAUGCCAAUGUCACUGGGCUGGAAAUCCGGCACCGGUUCCUGGGCAGUGCUCGAGAGCAGGCAGUGCUAAAGGGCGAUGCCGUCGACAACCUCAGGAAGCGCACGCUGCUCUAUUCUGACGUCGCUCAGAAUACCUCCAGGCGACCGGUGAUAAAAGAGUGCCGGGCACCGCUCAAGAAUGGAAAGCUGUGCCGUCGACGCGACCUCGUCGCGUGUCCGUACCACGGCAAGGUGGUUCCGCGCGAUGAGCAUGGCAAUUGCGUGGGGCAGGGAGCUGAGGAGGCUGAGGAGGCUGAGGAGGCUGAGGAGGCUGAGGAUGCAAAGGAGAUCGAGGAGCCGGUGCUAGAGGAGCCAGCGACAAGUACUGUGGCCACGGCAGCACGGCUUGAGGACGUGCAUUGGAAAGAUCUGGCGCCGCUGGUCAGCCAGCAGCACCCGGUGGCUGCGGGCACAGGACGGCGACUACGGAAGCGCAAGGAGCCGGCAGCGCCCUCAGCGCUGGUGGAUCUGCGCAAAGCCAAGGGAUCGAGCGCGAACAGGAUCCGCAAAAUAUUGAAGAGAGGCUUCUGAAAAGCCGGCUGAAAACGAUCGGCCAGAAUAAUGAACGGUGCAUUCUGCUGGACCGACGAAAACAACAGAAGAAUUCGCCUCUUGCCUUCAAACAGUAUUAUUGUGCGUUUUGUUUUACUAAAAACCUUUUUGCUUGUAAAUUUGACUUAAAAACUACAUGCGUUAGUGCGUGGUUGCAGAAUACCUCCUUGUACUAUUUCCAUG